GCACGUGUUUGUGCAUGCAAUUUAAAAAGUAAACAUAGUUGUAUAUUAGAAGUUUUUAAAAUGAAGUUUUCUUACAAAUUUUCGAAUUUGUUGGGCACCAUAUAUCGAAAUGGAAACUUAGUCUUUACUGCGGAUGGAAACACAGUUAUCAGUCCUGUAGGGAACCGGAUUACACUAUACGACCUCAAAAACCAUAAGUCGCGCACAUUGUCAUUGGAAUCUCGAUACAAUUACACAAACCUCGCUCUUUCCCCAGACGGUUGCUUGAUGAUCGCCGUGAAUGAAAUCGGAGAUGCACAGCUUAUUAGUAUGGUCUCCUGUACUGUGAUACAUCGUCAUAAGUUUCAAACUGGAGUGCAGUGUGUUUGCUUUAGCCCGGAUGGAAAUUACUUUGCUGUAGGACGAGCGAAUUUAGUAUUUAUUUUCUGUACACCGGGCGAAAUUACUGGCGAGUAUAAUCCGUUUGUGUUAAAGAGAAGCUUUCUUGGAGGGUAUGACGACAUCACAUGGUUGGAUUGGUCAACAGAUUCAAAACUGCUAGCCAUUGGUUGUCGUGAUAAUUCGACGAAGAUAUGUGCAAUCAAUCGUGUUCGCAACUUUCGGACCUAUAAUUUAAAUGGUCACACGGAUGCUAUAGUUUCAUGUUUCUUUGAGCUAAACAGCUUUCACUUGAACACCGUGAGCCGUAACGGUCAACUCUGUCUGUGGGAGUGUAGCUUAGAACCUUCCGAUUUGACUGAGGCUGAUCAGAACACACAACCGGAGUGCAAGCGCAAGACUGCAAAGCAAUUGGGAGCGCAAGAUGAAUCCGAAGACGAUAUCGAAAAUGUGAUUGAAAAACAAAUUCAGCAAAAUGAUAACGAUGUGCUUCAAGAUGAUUCAAUUAAUGGCGAGAAAAUCAGAAAGGCACAUCCCUUUUACUACAAAAAACUCGGUCGGCAUUACUUGGCAAAUGAGCCACGCAAGGAGCAGCACGAUGCGUUGUUAACUGCUGCCAAUUACAACCGAAAGACCAAAGUACUCGUUGUUGCUUUUAGCACAGGCGCCUUCUACUUAUAUGAGCUGCCAGAUGUAAAUUUAAUACAUUCACUUAGCAUCUCUGAAUAUCCUAUAUCGGCAGCCCUUUUUAAUUAUACUGGCGAUUGGGUUGCGCUGGCAUCGCGUGAGAUUGGUCAACUGUUGGUUUGGGAGUGGCAAAGCGAACAGUAUAUUAUGAAGCAGCAGGGACACAGUAGUGAAAUGACUUGCAUCGCGUACUCCCCAGAUGGCCAGUAUAUUGCCACUGGUGGCGAGGACUCCAAAGUUAAGCUAUGGAACACGCAAAGUAGUUUCUGCUUUGUAACAUUCGUUGAGCAUACUAGUGGAGUAACCGCAGUGCAGUUCAGUCGCAAUAAAAAGUUCUUGGUCAGUAGCUCAUUGGAUGGAACAGUGCGAGCAUUUGACGUUAUUAGGUAUCGGAACUUUAGAACAUUUACGUCGCCAAACCCAGCACAAUUUGCCUGUGUCGCCGUAGACUAUUCCGGUGAUCUAGUUGUAGCAGGAGGGCAGGAUAUUUUCGAUAUAUUUUUAUGGUCAGUCAAGACUGGAAAACUACUAGAAAUAAUAAGUGGUCAUGAAGGGCCGGUCGCCUCAGUUGCCUUUUCGCCUAUUGCAACUUCAUCAACCUUAGUUUCUGGCUCCUGGGACAAAACCGUUAAAAUUUGGAACUGCCUAGAAAGUAACAGUGAGCAUGAAACAAUCGAUACACUUUCUGAUGUGACAUGUGUGGCAUUUAAUCCUACCAGUGAUGAAAUCGCUGUUGCGACUCUCAGUGGUAACAUAACCAUUUUCGAUAUUAAAUCUGCAGCUCAAGUGACAACAAUCGAAGGACGUGCCGAUUUGGGCAGUGGUCGUUUGGAGACUGAUAUUGUAACUGCCAAAAAAAACGCUGGCUCUAAUUAUUUCUCUACCAUUGAAUAUUCGGCGGACGGACAAUGUAUAUUGGCUGCUGGAAGAUCGACAAACAUUUGUAUAUAUCAAGUGCGUGGAGCUAUCUUGUUAAAAAAAUUCACGAUAACUCAAAAUUACAGCCUAGACGGUUUGCAUGAAUUUAUCAAUCGGAAGCAUCUGAGUGAAUUUGGAAAUAUGGCCUUGGUGGAACAGCGCGAUGAGUUUGAGGGACGCAAAGUAACAAUACGUUUACCCGGUGUACGUAAAGGUGAUAUGUCUUCGCGACGGCUGCAACUCGAGGUGCGCGUCUAUUGUGUACGCUUUGCACCGACAGGACAAGCAUUUGCUGCGGCAGGAACUGAAGGACUUUGCAUAUAUGAACUUGACAAGGGAGUUGUCUUUGAUCCGUUUGACUUGUCGCUGGAAGUGACACCCAAGGCGGCACACGAGGCUCUAAAAAAUCUUCAAUACACAAAAGCAUUAGUCGUGUCCUUGAAGUUAAGUGACUCUAAUUUGGUUACAUUAGUGCUUGAGCGCGUACCUUAUAAGGAUGUUGAACUAAUUUGCAGCGAUCUGUCUCCGGAGUUUGUACAGCACCUGCUGCAUCAUUUGGCGGAGUUACUACAGAGCACACCACACAUUGAGUUUUAUUUGUACUGGUGCUUCUGUCUGCUGACCACUCAUGGCUCCCGUGACAGUGUCUUCCAACAUACUGCUCUUCUCGAGUUGCACGAAAAUAUUUCUCAAAAAUACGAAAUGAUAAAUAAAAUAUGUGACUAUAAUAAAUACACAUUACUUGUGCUUUUGGAUAAGGCAAAUUUUCACGAAAAUAAGUUGAAUAUUGAUGAUGGUUUUCCACAUCCCAACAACGAGGAUAGUGACUAUGAGCUGCUCCUUAUUAAGCACCAAGAUAAUCAAGCAAUGGAAUGUGAGAUAAGUUAUGAUAGUGAAGAAUAGUUGAAUAAAGAUACCAAUGAGAACUAAAAAAUGUAUAUUUCAAAUUACCACAUUAAAUCUUCCUAAAUUAUGAUGAU